UUGCAAUAUCAAUUGAUUUUUCAACUUGAAUAUUAGUUACAGGGUAUAUACCCAAAGAUAAUUUGUUUACAUUUUUAUCUAAUUUUUUCUUUGUUAUAUUUCUGUCGCUAUAAUUCUGGCUAAUUACAGAAAAAUAGUUGCAAAAUACCACAGGCUCGACUGUUUUGUGUCGAAGUGCGAUAAAAUAUACCUAAAAUACAUAUUUGGGUAUUAUUGUAUGUACCAUAAGUCUUAUACUUGAUUUCUAAAUUUGAGUUUUACAAUUUUCGUGGAAAAAUGCCCGCAUUAGUUGCCACACCUGUGAACAAUGGAUUUCCAAAGGAGUUUGGAAGGCUAACGAAGACAUUCGGGACGCCAGAAGUUGUCUUUGUGAGCAGACAAGUCAGAGGAAUCAGUGUAGUGCAUGGAGACUUAAAGGACUUACCUGAAAAAGUGCAAUCUUACGUCCAAGAAAAUGUUAAUCUGUGUCAACCAGAUAAACUUCACAUCUGUGAUGGAACAGAUGCAGAAAAUGAAAAGUUGAUUCAACUAAUGUUACAACAAGGAACUAUUAAACCUUUGCCAAAAUAUGAAAACUGUUGGUUAGCCAGCACUAACCCUGCUGAUACUGCCAGAGUGGAAUCAAAAACGUUCAUUAGCACCGACUCGAAGUCAGAAACUAUUCCAACGCCUAAAAAUGGAGUUCAAGGUACCUUGGGUAAUUGGCUCUCCCCUAAGGAUAUGGAUGUAGCUGUUAAGGAAAGAUUUACGUCGUGCAUGUCGGGAAGGACCAUGUAUAUCGUUCCAUUUUCUAUGGGGCCUAUUGGAUCUCCAUUAUCAAAAAUAGGAAUUGAAAUAACUGACUCGCCAUACGUUGUUGCAUCCAUGAGGAUAAUGACAAGAAUGGGUGCACCGGUAUUAAGAAAACUAAGAGAAAGCCAAGAAUUUGUGAAAUGCCUUCAUUCGGUAGGAACACCUAGGAAUGGAGUUUUCGAAAAUCCGAGUUGGCCCUGCGACCCUGAAAGGACCAUUAUCCUUCACAGACCAAAGAACAAUGAGAUUGUUUCCUAUGGCAGUGGCUAUGGAGGUAACUCGCUGUUGGGAAAGAAAUGUUUUGCUUUAAGAAUUGGAUCUACUAUUGCCAGAAGGGAGGGAUGGUUAGCAGAACAUAUGUUGAUUUUGGGCAUCACCAGUCCUUCAGGCAAAAAGCGUUAUAUAGCAGCUGCUUUUCCUUCUGCCUGCGGAAAAACCAACUUGGCUAUGAUGACUCCUACUUUACCUGGUUAUAAAAUUGAGUGUGUUGGUGACGAUAUUGCAUGGAUGAGAUUUGACAAAUACGGACAAUUAAGAGCCAUAAAUCCAGAAAAUGGUUUCUUUGGAGUUGCUCCAGGAACUUCAAGAAGUAGUAACCCAAUUGCUAUGGACACCAUCUUCAAAAACACCAUGUUCACAAAUGUAGGAUCUACAAGUGAUGGAGGAGUUUACUGGGAAGGUAUGGAAAAGGAAGUAAGCGAUAAUGUUGCAAUAACUGACUGGAAAGGUGUUCCCUGGACCAAGAGUCAAAAGACGCCUGCUGCUCAUCCAAAUUCAAGAUUUUGCACACCUGCCAACCAAUGUCCUAUAAUAGAUCCAGCUUGGGAAGACCCUGAAGGAGUACCCAUUUCAGCUAUACUGUUCGGAGGAAGACGACCAGCUGGAGUUCCUUUAGUAUAUGAAGCAAGGGAUUGGAAACACGGUGUAUUCAUUGGAUCUACAAUGAGAUCAGAAGCUACUGCUGCAGCAGAACACAAGGGAAAAGUAAUUAUGCACGAUCCAUUCGCUAUGAGACCCUUCUUUGGCUACAACUUUGGAGACUAUUUGAGCCACUGGUUGUCCAUGGAGCAAAAAUCAAGCAACCUUCCAAAGAUAUUCCAUGUAAACUGGUUCAGAAAAGGUACAAAUGGACAAUUUUUGUGGCCAGGUUUUGGUGAAAAUUCCAGAGUGCUAGACUGGGUUUUAAGAAGACUUGAUGGAGAAGAUGUUGCUCAAGAUACCGCGAUUGGUUUAGUACCUAAGAAGAACAGUUUGAACUUAGAAGGCAUUAAAGAAAAUAUCAACUUUGACGAAUUAUUCAGCUUGCCCAAAGACUUCUGGAAACAGGAAGUACAAGACAUCGAAAAGUACUUCGACGAACAAGUUAGUCAAGAUUUGCCGAAAGAGAUUGCAAACCAACUGAAGGAACUCAAAAAUCGUGUAUCUCAAAUGUAAAGACCAAUCAGUAUUAUUAGGCAAUAAUUUAUAAGGCUUUAUAUGUUUUGAAAAAAAAAAUAAACCUCGACUAGCUGUAGAGAUUUUAUAAAACUAAACGAAAUCGUGUGAAUUUUAUUUGUUUUAAAGUUUAACGCAUUAGCGUAGAUUGCGAAGCCUAAAUAUUGGUUUAAUUGUUUAAAUUAAUAUUUUAUUGACACAAUAUUUAAUUUAUAAAUUAUUUUUUUAUGUGUGUUGUGAUGUGUAAUUAUAGUAUGUAAAAUGUUAAAAAAUAAUAAAAAAAUUAAAAAUGUUUUUUCCA